AACUUCAUAAAAAGCCGAGCCCCGCUACGGCUUCUUUAAACCCCGACGAAGAUGAAAAAAGAUGAAGAACAAGCCGCCCGAUUCAUUCAACUUCCCACUUCAAUCACUCGUAGAAAGACCACUUCAUCAAUGAAACCCACAAACCCCAUUACCAAUUUCAGAUUAAGGAUUUCUCGAGUUCGUCGUUGAGAUUAUGAGUUGUGGAUCUUUAUAUCGAUUUUGCAAUUGAAUGCUUUUGGAGUUUGAUUCUGCGAUGGAAACAUUGGUGAUUGUAGAACAGUACAGAGAUGAGUUCUGUUAUCGGGUCAAAACUCUAGAAUCGGGUCGAUUUGGGAAUUUGACGAUUAAAGAUCAUAAUCGAUUGAGUUUUCAACCGGGUACAGGAUUUCGCCCACCUCCAUUGGAGAUUUCUUCAAUUCCUGUUUAUUGUUUCUCUUCCCCCAAAACACCACCCCCUUCCGCCGCAACAAUUCCGAUUAGUGGGGAAAUUUGUGUUAACGAGAGCAUUGAUUUUGAUGAACAUUGCUGUUACAAGAGAAUAUCAUUUCCUGAGCUUUGGGCUGGACCAACUUACUCGAAUUCACCCCCUGCAAGUUCAUUGCCAAUCCCCAAAUUUUCAAUCCGAGGAAAUAGAACAGUUUCACUCGAAUUACCCACUAAUUCAGUUGAAAAAAUUCACCCAAUUGUGAAAUCUGCACCACCAUCCCCAACUAGGGGCUAUACUCAUCCUUCUUCAAGAGAGCCAUUCCAUGGUGCUGAUUCUGCUACAAGAACACUUAGAAGAAUCCUUAACCUUGAUGUUAACUCUGAAUGAAUGAUAUUUUUAGUGAGCAUCAAGCUCACUUGUGUGUUUCGUUGAUGGGGGGUUAGUGUAUGCCUGUAAAUGUAAUGAAGAAUCAUGGUCGAUAUAUGUAGGAUUUAGAAUUUUGAUUCUCUUUUUAGUUUUUGAGAAGUGGGAUUUGUAGCUGAUGGUUAAUAUUCUCAGCUUUAUUCAAUCUCAAGCUUCUUAAAACUGUGAAUGGUUGCUUUAGAUAUGGAGCUUGAUUCAACAAGAGUAAAGCACCAAGGAAUCCAGCCACCUCAAACUUCUUAGAAAAGAAGAUAGAGAGAAAGGGAGAAUGUAUAUUCUGUACUCUAUCUUCUCACUUAAUCUUCUUGUUCAUCAUACACUUUCAUAGCUCUGAUUUAGGCUUGUAAACUUAGAUACUAGUACUUAAAAUGAAAUGUAGCUUAAAAGAAUUCAAGGGUUC